AUGAGCCGCUACUCAGACCUGAUGUACAAGGGCCAGACCAACGCUGGAUAUCCGCAUACCCGCCCAACCGCACAGGGGUCGCUAAUGGUGGGAUGUUGCCAGCAGCCAAGUCGCCAGCUGGUCGGCAGAGGCGCUCACCCCCACCCUGUACCCCAACAUGCGCACCAUUCGCAGUCGGAAUCGCCCCGCUUCCCGGCCAACCUUCUCCACGGCCCCUACAUGGCAGACCCACCAACCCUUUCACCCCAAGCCCCCAAGUCCGGCUGGAAAGGCUCCUUCCCCGCCGACAGCGAUGGAGACGUCGGCAGAAGCUCUGAACCCGUCUCUGACUCCCUAUAUGGAGGGCAGAACACCUCUCCCGUCAGUGGGUGUCCUGGUGGCAUUGGCGCAGUUGACCCAUUCCAAGUCAACGGGAAAGAACAUCUGGGCUUCUCUCUGGGACACAGCGACUCUCUAUUGACCCAACCGAGUAGGGAUGGACCGGUGUCGCCUCCCGACCCCCACAGACCCGCCAGAACUUUUGAGUGGAUGAAAGUGAAGCGGAUCCGAGCAGUGAAAAGGGGAGACUGGAGUAGGAAAUCCGGUGUCUCUGACUCCACCACAGUGCGCAUCAACUUCAACACCAAACAGCUGACUGAGCUGGAGAAGGAGUUCCACUUCAGCAGGUACCUGAGCCGGGCUCGCAGGGUGGAGAUAGCCUCAGCUCUGAGCCUCCACGAGAGUCAAGUGAAGAUCUGGUUCCAGAACAGGAGAAUGAAAGAGAAGAGGAGGGAGCGAGAGAGUCCGGGAGUCAAGGAUCCCUUCUCCCCAAGCACCUCCCGCAUCCCCUCCCCGGCUCCAACGCCCCUUGGCCGGGAAGACCAAGUGGGCACAGUCCUUGUGAGUUAG